AUGGUGGAGCGUAUUCUCAGAUAUCUAAAACAUACCUACUCUCAUGGUUUGCUCAUUGAACGCUCUGCUUCCCGUUCUUUGCAAGCCUUUUCUGAUGUUGACUGGGUGGGUGACAAUCUUGACCGAAAAUCUACAGUUACUGUUAGCAACCCAUCCAUGAUAUCUUCUCUAUUGCAGCAACUUUCUGGUGAAUUUUCCCUCAAUGAUCUUGGGAAUUUGCAUUUUUUCCUUGGUGUCCAAGCUACCACUCAUUCCAAGGGAUUGCAAUUGUCUCAAUCUUGGUAUAUCUCUGACUUGUUAUGCCGCACUGGCAUGAUUGACUGCAAACCAGUGCACACUCCCAUGGCUAGUACACAAAAGGCAUUGGAUGCAGGGGGUGCUCCCCUAUGCAACCCUACUGAGUAUCAUUCGAUUAUGGGUGCUUUGCAAUAUGUAACCCUUACUUGUCUGGAUGUUGCAUUUGACGUCAAUCAGGCCUGCCAGUUUAUGUAUGCACCCACUUUUGAGCACUGGUAG